AAAUCUUCCCUGACGCUGCCCAAAUCAGAACUGUGUGCUUGUUAUUUACUCACGUCUUCAAAGAGCAGCAAGCUUUCUCCAUCUUAAUUCCACUCUACCGCAGAGCAGAGUUGUGCCGGCGUGAUGGGAGGAGAUGAUGAUCAAGAAGGAAAAACUAACAGCAACAUUGCUCACCUGAGACCAAAGAUGUUCCCAUGAGUUUUGGAAGUGCUCAGCUCCUUCCAGCAAAGACACCAUUUUAAAAAGUACUUAUCCUGUUAACUUCGCUCUUACACAGGGCUUGAUGAUAUUUCUGCCCCUACGUUCAAAAGAUAGAAGAUUUGAUAGUUAUAACAUCUUCAAAAACUGGAAUUUAUAAUGUUUUUAAGUGGACUGACUUCCAGGACAAGGAUUCAUCUGCACCCGCCCAAAUACCGUGGCACUGCGCGCGCCCUUUGCCACCGGAUCCUCCCCUUCCAAUGAGACUUUCUGAUUGUGUCUACCAACUCUCCUAUUAGGAAACCCGUGGGUUGCAUGCAGCUAUUCUGUUGUAUUCUCAUUCUCACUCUUCCUCCACUCUCUCCCUCGCACUCUUGCUGGAGGCACACCAAUACCAUUCUGCUGAGAAGAAAAAGCCAACAACUACCUUAAGCGAUUAAGACAAUAUGCGCAACUCUCGCCUGUCAUAGCCACCACUAUUUAAAUCUGGCUAGAGCCAACACCAGUAUUUGCAAGAAUGGAGUCCGUAAAACAAAGGAUUUUGACCCCAGGAAAAGAGGGACUAAAGAAUUUUGCUGGAAAAUCCCUCGGCCAGAUCUACAGGGUGCUAGAGAAGAAGCAAGACACAGGGGAGACCAUCGAGCUGACGGAGGAUGGGAAACCGCUGGAGGUGUCGGAGAAGAAGGCACCGCUGUGCGACUGCACGUGCUUCGGCCUGCCGCGUCGCUACAUCAUCGCCAUCAUGAGCGGCCUGGGCUUCUGCAUCUCCUUCGGCAUCCGCUGCAACCUGGGCGUGGCCAUAGUGGAUAUGGUCAACAACAGCACCAUCCACCGUGGGGGAAAGGUCAUCAAGGAGAAAGCCAAAUUCAACUGGGACCCGGAAACCGUGGGGAUGAUCCACGGUUCCUUCUUUUGGGGCUAUAUCAUCACCCAGAUUCCGGGCGGCUACAUCGCGUCUCGUCUGGCAGCUAACAGAGUAUUUGGAGCAGCCAUACUUCUCACCUCCACCCUGAACAUGCUGAUCCCAUCAGCAGCCAGAGUACAUUACGGAUGUGUCAUCUUUGUUAGGAUAUUGCAGGGCCUUGUUGAGGGGGUGACCUACCCAGCUUGUCAUGGAAUAUGGAGCAAAUGGGCCCCUCCUCUAGAAAGGAGUAGAUUGGCAACCACUUCUUUUUGUGGUUCUUAUGCUGGAGCUGUGAUUGCAAUGCCUUUAGCUGGCAUUCUUGUACAGUACACAGGAUGGUCUUCAGUGUUUUAUGUCUAUGGAAGUUUUGGAAUGGUCUGGUACAUGUUUUGGCUUUUGGUGUCUUACGAGAGUCCUGCAAAGCAUCCGACUAUUACAGACGAAGAACGUAGGUACAUAGAAGAAAGCAUUGGAGAGAGUGCAAAUCUUUUAGGUGCAAUGGAAAAAUUCAAGACUCCAUGGAGGAAGUUUUUUACAUCUAUGCCAGUCUAUGCAAUAAUUGUUGCAAAUUUCUGCCGAAGCUGGACUUUUUAUUUAUUGCUCAUUAGUCAGCCAGCAUAUUUUGAGGAAGUCUUUGGAUUUGAAAUCAGCAAGGUUGGCAUGCUUUCUGCUGUGCCACACUUGGUAAUGACAAUUAUUGUGCCAAUUGGAGGGCAGAUUGCAGAUUUUCUCAGAAGCAAGCAAAUUCUUUCAACUACUACAGUGAGGAAGAUCAUGAAUUGUGGUGGUUUUGGCAUGGAAGCAACACUGCUUCUGGUUGUUGGCUAUUCUCAUACCAGAGGGGUUGCGAUCUCGUUCCUGGUACUUGCAGUGGGGUUCAGCGGAUUUGCUAUAUCUGGUUUCAAUGUUAACCAUCUGGAUAUUGCUCCAAGAUAUGCCAGUAUCUUAAUGGGCAUUUCGAAUGGUGUUGGUACACUGUCGGGAAUGGUUUGUCCUAUCAUUGUUGGUGCAAUGACAAAGAAUAAGUCCCGUGAAGAGUGGCAGUAUGUCUUCCUGAUCGCUGCCCUAGUCCACUACGGCGGAGUUAUUUUUUAUGCAAUAUUUGCCUCAGGAGAGAAGCAACCUUGGGCAGAUCCUGAGGAAACAAGUGAAGAAAAAUGUGGAUUUAUCCAUGAAGAUGAACUUGAUGAAGAAACAGGGGACAUUACUCAAAAUUAUAUCAAUUAUGGUACCGCCAAGUCCUAUGGUGCCACAACACAGGCCAACGGAGGUUGGCCCAAUGGCUGGGAAAAGAAAGAGGAAUUUGUACAAGAAGAAGUACAAGACUCAUACACCUAUAAGGCCCAAGAUGAUUAUUCAUAACAAAACAAAUUGCUGGAUUUAUUUUUAGUGUUUGUGAUUCAAUUGUGAUUGCACACAGAUUUAAAAAAAAAAAUGGUGUAACCAUGUAAACGUAUCAACCAGGCAAGUCUUGCUGUAAAAAUGAAAUCAAAACAAAACCCAUGAAUUUGCCAUUCAAGUGCAAUCUGUAAAAAUUGUGAGAUUCCAUCAUUUUCAUUCUGAUCAUCUAUUCUUGAGUUUGUGACUUAAAGAUUGACUGUUCAAAACUGUAGAAGCAAGUAGUUAUUCAUUGGAUUCAUAUGAGCUAAUAUUCAUUUCCAUUUAAUAAAGCACAACUAAAACAGUUGGCACAUUCCAUCCGACAAAGGUUAGGAGGCCAAAGCUACUUGAUCAUGCAAAAUGCACUUAUAUAUUUGUUAUUGCAAGAUAUCAUGCAGAAGUCCUGUUUAAAAAGCAUCAUGUUAGCUGAAUCAGGUGUCGGCAGCUUUUACUGAGUGUAACACAAUUGGAAAAGUAAGUUUUGGGCUAGCAACUAACAGGGUGUACCAAAUAUUGCCAUUACUUAAUGUGGAAUAUUUUAUUGGUUCUCAAAAGGAAUAUCUUGCAGUAUUUUAUAUAAAAUGCUUGGGCACAAACACUUAUCCCAGUCAGAGAGAACUUGUAAAGUGAGGGGUAUGCUUCAUGUUCUUCCAUUCAUUUACCUGCCAGUAUAAACCACUUCACAUUUCAAUAGAAUCUGACUUUUCAUGUAGCAUAUUACAUAACUUUUUGCAAAAAAAAAAAUAUGAAAAAUAAAUAUACUUAAAUGUAUUUUUUAUCACAACUUUGUACUGGUUGUAACUUACAUUAGGAUAAAAAGAUGCAUACACUGUAAAGAAUCUAAUAAGAAAUUUACUAUGGAGAUUAUAGCCCUUAAAAUGCAAUAUGAACAACAAAAGAAAUAAAUAGAAUAUGAUUUAGAUAUCCUUCUUCCUUAAUAAUAAAUACUAUAUGAAACUUGUGCCACAGAGCUAUAUAUAAUAUGAAAAGAUAAACUUAAUAGAGAUAUUGUAAGUAUACAGUUUUAUUAUUUAAAAUCCCAUUUAUAAGAUACUUGUCUUAAAUAUAUAGGGCAACAAAUUAUAUUAAAAUUAUAUCUAUAUCUAUAUAUAUAUCUAUAUAUCUUACACAUUUCCAUACACAGAAACAUAAUAAACACUCUUCACAAAAAACCAAAAAUAGCAUACACCUAAUGUUGGGUUAGGGGACUGCAAUUUCUACUUUCAUAGAGUCUUAGAACUUAGACGGGGCAGAGGCAUUUUGCUUGUCAUUUCUUAAUAUAAUGCAACAGGAAUUGCAACAUUUGUGUACCAAGCAAUAAGUGCAAUGCAUACAACUUCCUGUCUGUAUAUUAUCUUCAUUUAGCUUGUGGUAGCUGUUUGGGUGGUUGGAAUGACUUUUUUCUUUUAAAAAAGGUUUACAUCAGACCUCUUUAUAAUGUUCUAAAAUGAUUAUGCACUUCCCAAUUCAACUCAAAAUAUUACUGGUGUAUUUCAUUGUCUCUUCUGAAUAUUUGAUCUGUUUAUUGUAUUGUGCUAGUGACUGGAGGCCCUGCUACUGCCAAUAUAAAACACAGAGUUUGUUUAAAAGAUGCAAACCAUUCUUGACCUUAAGAAAAUAAAAAUCUUUUGCUUUGUGUCUCACAGUGAUGUAAUGUGAUCAUAGCUUUUUCUUGUUUGAAUGAAAAGAUAUGGACUGUCAUUUGUUUCUGCAAAACAAAUGUGUUAAUAAAAUGCUCUAUUUAUCCUUUU